AUGCCAAGGUUGCAAGCGUGGAGGAUAUUGAGUGGCACUGCCUUGGAGGGAAGUGAAGCAGCCUUGGAAGGUCUCACACAGAUAACCUGUGGGAAUCGAAAGGUCCUAGAGAGCGUGACUCUGCCAAGCAGUCUGCGCAGUCUGACCUUUGGAGAGAUUUUUGAUUACGGCCUGGAGCACGUGCAGUUUCCAAACUGUUUGCAGAGCUUGGCCUUCGGCAUGCACUUCAACCAGAGCUUGAAACAAGCGAAUUUGCCCAACAGCCUUCAGAGCCUGUCCUUGGGCUUUCAGUUUAACUUGAGCCUGGAAGGCGUGACUUUUCCGAGUGGACUGCAGAGCCUGACCUUCAGCUACUGGUUCAACCAAAGCUUGGAAGGGGUGAAGCUCCCCGGAAACCUGCGGAGCCUGACCUUCAAGCACGCCUUCAACCAAAGUCUGGAGAACGUGGAGCUGCCGCAGAAUCUUCGGAGCUUAACCUUUGGGCACUGCUUUAACCAGAGCCUUCAGAAGGUCCGGCUCCCCCCCAACCUUUCCAGCCUUACCUUUGGCGCGGGGUUUGACCAGGGCUUGGAGUUCCCGCUCCCCAGCGCCCUGCACGGCUUGACCUUCAGCUACUGCUUCAACCAGAACUUGGGCUCCGUGAAUUUCCCGGCCAACCUUCGCAGCCUGACCUUUGGCGACGAUUUUAAUGAAAGCCUGGAGAGCCUGAACUUUCCGAGCAACCUGCAGAGCCUGACCUUGGGGUCUGAGUUCAACCAGAGCCUGGAGCGGGUGAACUGGCCAAAGUGCUUGCAGAGCUUGAAGGUUGGAAGCUUGAGAAAUCAAAGGUUUGAUCGAGCGAACUUGCCUGCACAGCUGAAGAGCCUGUCCUUUGCAGACGGCUUUAACCAAAGCGUAGAUCACGUGAACUGGCCAAGGCUGCAGAAACUGACCUUCGGCCGCAGUUUCAACCAAAGCUUGGAGCAUGUGAAGCUCCCAACCAGCCUCCAGCUGUUAAGCUUCGGGCACGAGUUCAACAAGAGCUUCCAUGGCAUCAAGCUCCCUAACCUGCAAAGCUUGACCUUCGGGGCCCACUUCAACCAACUGUUGGAGGGGGUCUUCUUGCCGAGCCUUCAGAGCUUGACAUUUGGCGCAUGCUUCAACCACCUCAUUUUCGGCUUGCACUUCGACCAGAGCCUGGAGCGCAUCAACUUGCCAGAUGGCUUGCAGGACCUGGUGCUGGGCGCGGAGGGCAACCAAAGCUUGGAGGGGGUGAAUUUGCCCAGCACCUUGCAGAACUUGAAGCUCGGCGGGUUCCGGCACAGCUUCGAGGGGCUGAAGCUGCCUGGCCUUCGCAGCUUCCAAUGCAGAGGCGUCCUCGCCUGCUGCUAG